AUGCCGGUAGCGUUACCGCGGCGAACUCACACACUCUCGCGCAUCACCAACGAGACCAAGAUCCAGGUGUCGCUCUCGCUAGAUGGAGGCCCACUUCUCGCCUACGAAGACUCCCAGCAUUUCCCUUCCUCGAUAUCUCCAGCUCAGAAACAGUCACACCCCGACGUGCUGGUUCCCCUGCCCGCAUCACACCAUGCGACACAGAUCACGCCCACGCAGCAGAUAGCCAUCUCCACGGGCAUUGGAUUUCUGGACCACAUGCUGCACGCCUUGGCAAAACAUGGAGGUUGGUCCCUUGCCAUCCGAGCAAGCGGUGAUUUGAUCAUCGACGACCACCACACAGCCGAGGAUGUUUUUCUGGCAGUCGGCUCUGCAUUCAACGCUGCGCUGGGCAAACGCACGUCUCUCGUCCGCUUUGGCCGUGGUGACGCCCCACUCGACGAGGCGCUGUCGUGGGCCGUCAUCGACCUCUCGAACCGACCGUACAGUGUGAUUGACUUUGGAUUUACUCGAGAGAAGAUCGGUGAUCUAAGCACUGAGAUGAUCACCCAUGGCCUCGAGAGUUUUGCCCAGGCCGCCAGUGUGACCUUGCAUGUGAAGUGUGUCUAUGGAAGCAACAACCACCACCGAGCAGAGAGCGCUUUCAAGGCGCUGGCAGUGGCUUGCAGGCAAGCUUGCGAGAGGAGAGCUGAGGGGGCAGUGGGCAGUGGCGAUGUGACGAGUACCAAAGGCGUGCUUGGAUCAAGUGUGACGGGGUAG